UCUCCCUUAUACUGAUGGUUAGAUAUAGUGCCAUGAUAUAGCAGUUUUGCAAGUUGAGGAGUUUUCACCCGCUCCUUAGCUCUUUUUGGGGUUGGUUGUUUCUUGUUUGGGUACUGUUACAAAAGAUGUAGAAUAACCUUUUAUAAACAGAGGUGUCUGAAAAGCUGUUGUCUAGCUAGGCAUCCCUGUUACCUAACCUGAGUUACACGUUUCUUAGCAAGUAAAAUCUGUCGCAACAAGUGUUGCAGUUACAGUAGUCAAUGACCCUUACUGUUGCCAUUGAAAUCAGCUUUGCUGAAAGUCUCAGUCUGAGUAGUAUGGCAAACCAAACAGUAGAUACAUAGAAAAAUACUGCAUGUUGCAGAUAGCCAUUGUAUUGAUUUUACUGAAAUACUAUUUUUCAGGUCUUGCAUUCAGUUUGGUUUCAUUGAAAUACAAACUUAGGACCCACCGCAAUCGUUGCAGAGACUUUCUGAAGACGAGCAGAGGGCCAGUAUCUUUAGGCUUGGUGUGAUCUUAAAUUUCUGUACUGUGCAUGUGAAUUAUUCUUACAGUGACCAGUCCAUACAUGUGAAUGAAACCAAUAGGAUUUGUAGUCAAUCCUUCUGAAUCCUUUUGUAUUCAUAAGAAACCCUCAGCUUUAGGUCUUUAGGACUAUAGGCUGAGCAAUCUUCUGCCUUUGGGUAAAAAGUUAACCAUUUUACUGAUAAGGAGCACAGUAACCCACACAGCAGUAGAGUGGCUUGACUACUACUAAAUUCAAAGCAUCUUAAAUAUUCCUUAAAUAGUUUUGUGAAUACUAGAUGGACACAAGCUAACAGAAGGACUGAUGAGGCCUUUUAAUAUACAGAAACAAUUCAAAGUACUUGUUUUUAUUGUAAGGAGGCUUUUAUAAUAUAUUUUAAUUGAUAAAGUAACAUGGCUUUGGAGAAUGGAAAAACCAGGCAUUUAAGUCUACAAGUCUCUUGAUCACUGCUCAGAAAACUGAAGUGUCAGUACAGUAUUCACAUCUAGAUUAAGCCUUAAUUGUUCAAGAGUCUGUGUCAACCAGAUCAGUAGAAAUUUUCUGUAAGAUCAGAACAAAUUUCAAGGUUUUAAUUUAGCUGGUAUCAGUACUAGUCCUCUCAUGUUCCACAGGCUUAAGAAGGGUCUGCCUGUGUCAUAAUUGUUAAUUAUGUAAUUGCUGAUGCAUGGUGACUUGAAUUGAGAGCUUUUGAGUAAUGAAGGCUGACCACCUAGUACUCGUGACUCUUGACAACAGUGCAGAAGAAGAAAUUUGAGAAGCCCUUCUAUUGGGAUGAGUCAGAUACCAGGAAAGGAGUUAAAUGGAACAUCUGCCCAAAGUCAAGAUCUGGCUCCUUGUACAACCUGUGGAAGACAUUUUGCACAAGAUGUUCUGCUGAGACACGACCCAAUAUGCAAGAAAGUCUUCAACAAGAAGCACAAGCCCUUCAGCUCUGUGAAACAGAGACUGCAGGGAACAGAAAUCACCACUGUGAAGAAGCAGCCCCCACAAAAGAAACAGCCAGGGAAGAAAUCUAACUGGAGGCAGCACCAUGAAGAUUUCAUUAAUACUAUUCAAUCAGCCAAGCAGGUCACAAAAGCUCUGAAGGAGGGCCACCCUCUUCCACCUCCUCCCCCACCAAGCAUCAAUCCAAACUAUAUUCAGUGUCCACACUGCUCACGGAGAUUUAAUGAGGCUGCAGCACAGAGGCACAUGAAGUUUUGUGAAGAACAAGCUGCUCACCGUGCCUUUGCUGCAAAGACCACUGGGCACGCUUUGGGCAAGCAACCAGUGACUCAGAGAAAACCCCCAACCUUAACAACUGCUGUGUUACCACUUCAGAAGAGAGUACAAGAAGGUGCCAAUACAGACAAACCUAGGCCAGAGACCUCUCGAGGAAUACUGCAGAAAACCAGAAAAUCUUUGGGUGUAUCUACUGGAAAAAAAUCUUCAGGAGAGUUCAGGUAAGAAAUAUUUUUUUUAUUUCAACAUUAUAACAUAAAAGGACCUUGUUUGCUUUUGUGUAUACACAAUAUCCUGUUGCAGUGUUUGCAGUAUGAAUUUCUUUGUAUUAACUGAAGCGAUCAA